CGCGAUACUUUGAGGGAUUAUAAAACGGUGCUUCUGCGUGUACCUACUUUCUGUAUCAGCGCCAGUUCAAAGCUGAGGGUUGUGUGAAUAGCUAUAGCGUCUCUCCGUCCUUCGCCUGAUUUAAGCACAUAUUCCAAGAUGUCUGCUGGCAACGCUCACAUUGGCAAACCUGCCCCAGACUUUAAGGCCACAGCAGUUAUGCCCGAUAAACAAUUCAAAGACAUUCAGCUCUCAGAUUACAGAGGAAAAUAUGUUGUGUUCUUCUUUUACCCUCUGGAUUUCACGUUUGUCUGCCCAACUGAAAUCAUUGCAUAUAGUGAUCGUGCAGAUGAGUUCAAGAAGAUCAACUGUGAAGUGAUUGGUGCUUCUGUCGAUUCUCACUUCUGCCAUUUGGCAUGGAUCAACUCCCCACGCAAACAAGGUGGGCUUGGCCAGAUGAAUAUUCCCCUGGUUGCAGACACCCUACGCACCAUUUCAAAGGACUACGGUGUAUUGAAGGAGGAUGAAGGCAUCGCUUUCCGAGGGCUGUUUAUUAUUGAUGAUAAGGGAAUCCUGCGUCAGAUUACAAUCAAUGACCUACCUGUGGGGCGUUCAGUUGAUGAGACUCUGCGGCUAGUUCAGGCAUUUCAGUUCACCGACAAGCAUGGAGAAGUGUGCCCAGCAGGAUGGAAACCAGGAAGUGACACGAUCAAGCCCGAUGUCCAGAAAAGUAAAGAAUUCUUCUCCAAACAGUAAAAAAGCUACCCGUCUCUGUCAAGUACUGUAGCCGAAGAUCAUACUUCUGAGAGGAACAAAUUGUUUAGCGUAUAGUCGGCUCUGAUCCUAUUUUCUGUUGAAGGCUAAAUAGAUUUAGGAUCUUGGGCACCUAAUAGGUGCAGGGGACCUUGCCUUAUGACUUCCUCUAGACGACCUACUGUGUCUUGUGUGCAGUAAAAUCAUGAUCCAAAUUUUGGCAGUUUCCAAUAAUGCACUUAAGUACAUUUUUAUGAAUGUAUGUUUAGAGUUUUUCAUACAAAAUAAAAAUGGUAUGGAGAAUUUGA